AUGAUGGCAUUCUCCCCGCUGCAGGGGACAGCGAAAUUGCAGCAAAUCAACAAGCUACUGGAUACCCUCCAGAAGGACCAACAGGACAAGCAUCUCACGUCGGCCCAACGAGUCCAAACCCUCCUCGAGUUGCGCCAACAUGGAACGAACCCCACCGAUGCCGGUCCGAUCUAUUGCAGCAAUGGUAUCACCACAAUUAUGCGAUAUGGGAUUGAUGGAGAAACGGCUGAUAUCCGACGAGCUGCCCUGCGUGGGGUUGCCAACGCCCUUCUGCUAGACGGGAAGAUGCGCCAGGUCUUCGUCGACACUGGCUGUGGAGGUAAAUUGGCCGAACGAUUGAAGACCGACAGCUCCGACGACGAGAUGGUGGUCAGCCGAAUCUUGUUCCUGACCACUUACGGUACCGAUAUGGACUAUGAAGUUCUGAUCAAGAAGCACUCUCUUGCUGAUAAUGUCAACUACCAACUCGCCCGUCACGCCAAACAAUUCCCCAAGUCCGGACGCGCAGCCCUGUCACAAAUGGACGAAUUGGCUCUCAUCGACACUUUGAAGGUGAUUUUCAACGUCGCGAAAAUUUACCCAGACCUCGCCACUUUCUUCUCGCCCUCGAUUCCUCAUAUCCUGAAGAUCAUCAGUCGCAUAACAAUCCCAGCAACGCCCCUCGAUGGCUUGCUCAGCUACCUCAUCAACUGUCUCUCUGUUCUUGACCUCGAAGAAAAGAAGGGCAAUCACUUCGAGAGUAGUCCUCUCUUCCCUACCUUCGACAAGAACUGCAAUGUGGACAAAUUAAUCAACAUCCUUGACCAAGCCGUCUCUCUAUACAGCCCAGAGGAAUUGGAAGAAAAGGCCAUUCCCCUUCUUCAUUCGCUCAUUGUCGUUCACGAAGUUGCACCCGACGGGCCUCGCAAGUAUAUGCAAUGGCUACUCCUCCCUGAAGACAACGACCGGAGCCAGCCCAUCGGGAAAUCGGACACUCUUGCCUCCAGGCUCUUACAGCUGUCGACCAGCCCUUAUACGAACCUGAAGACUGGAAUCUCAGAGCUCAUGUUCGUUCUAUCUGGCAAGGAUGCCGAAAACCUGACUCGACGAAUCGGGUAUGGUUUCGCUGCUGGGUUCUUGGCAUCUCGAGGCAUGGAGAUCCCUCAAACGGCUGGUGAAGCCUACGCUACGAAUACUGAAGGGCUGGACCCGGACGUCAACCCAAUUACAGGACAGCGCUGGACUGCAGAGCCUAAGGAUGAACGCCCUCCCAUGACGAUGGAGGAGAAGGAAAGAGAAGCUGAGAGGCUCUUUGUACUGUUCGAAAGGGCAAAAGCAAAUGGUCUUCUGGGUGUUGAGAACCCUGUCACCCAGGCGCUUCAUGAAGGCAGACUUGAAGAAUUGCCAGAUGACGCCGACAGCGAUUGA